UAUCCAAAUGAUACAAGUGACGCGCAGAUAGAACACCCCGCGCGCAAAUCAUCGAACUCAUCGCCCCAGUCUCUCUCUCCCAAAUGGACCUCAACCCAAAACCCUAACUGAUCUCUACCAGACCACAAGAAACCCCAACAACAACAAUGUCAUCAUCCACCUUUCUCCACCUCCUCUUAUAUUCACCACCUCCUCGCUUCACCCUCUUCUUCACCACCUCCUCCUCCUCUCUCCCCAAAACCCCCAACCUCUUCUCUCUCCCCACCACCACCACCACCUCCCCCACACAUUUCGCAAUCUCUCUAUCAAACCCUACCCAUCUCACCUCCCACCGCUCUCCCCUCCGAGCUUACGAUUCCGACGCCCCCGUACGGACCUCCGACGAGUUCAAUUUGGACUAUUUCCUCUCGAUUGCGGAGUUUCUAUGCCUCGCGUCCUCCGCCGUGGUUUCGAUCGGUUUCGGGUUGAGCUCGGCGGUUCCGGGGACGAAGAACACGGUUUUUAUGGGGAGCAGGGUUUUGGGCGGCGGAGCAUUGGCGUUGGUGGCGGCGGUGGGGAUUGGGGCGUGGAUUCGGAGGCGGCAGUGGAGGAGGGUGAGUAGGGAGACGGUGAAGAGUGGGGUGGAGGUGAAUUUGUUUGAGAGGAUUGAGAAGUUGGAAGAGGAUUUGAGAAGCUCGGCGACUAUUGUAAGGGUUUUGUCUAGGCAGCUUGAGAAAUUGGGGAUAAGGUUUCGGGUUACCCGAAAGGCUUUGAAAGAGCCCAUUGCGGAGACUGCAGCUUUGGCUCAAAAGAACUCUGAGGUCACUCGAGCAUUGGCAGCGCAAGAAGACAUUCUGGAAAAGGAGCUUGGAGAAACUCAAAAGGUUUUACUGGCAAUGCAGGAGCAACAGCAAAAACAACUUGAGCUGAUUCUUGCCAUUGCAAAGAAUGGGAAGCUUUUGGACAACAAACAGGCAAAUGAUCAACCAGAGAGUACCGUUAGAAUACGUGAUUCAAGUACAGACAAUUCAAAACAGAAGGAACCCCAUCAAAUAUAACCUUUGUGUGGAAGCAAAGGAGUCAAACUAGGAUUUUGGAGCAAACCAAUCCUUGUGAAAUUGUUUUUUUUCCCAACGUUGUUGGCCUCGAACCAUAUGUGGUUCAAUUUUCUUCUCAUAGUUGGGUUCUGCGGGUUGUCAGUGUAUCUAUGUCGUGGUGACGUUGGGUUUUCGGCCAAUAGAAAAAAUUUCUCAGGCCUUUCUGGAUACGCAAAGCUGGAUGGUAAAGUAAAAACGACAGAGGAGGAAGAGUUGUAGGAUAGAAAUGCAACCAUUUGAGAGUACAGUUGUACCAAUAAGGUAGAAGUGGAGUUUCUGCUCCUCAUAUUUGUAAUUCUUAGUCUGUAUGCAUCAUCUUCUUGAAACCAAUAUGUACCAUCUUGGUAUCGUGCAGUCAUAUGAACUUCUUACUGACCGUUGCAAACUGAUUAUUAAGUUGCUCCUGUUGGUUCUGUUUUUCAAUUAUGUAAAAUAAUGAACGUUCGGUAUUACUGAAAUAAUUAGUCCAAAGAAUUGAAUUUUGCAACUAGCA